AUGAAGACCUCCUUCGCUACCCUCGCUAUUGCCCUUUCGGGCUCUGCCAUGGCUGCUCCUUUCAGCUCCAACGGCACUUCGAACGGAACUUAUGCCCUCCCUACCACUCCUAGCUUCAGUCCUAAGCCAUCUGCAACUUCCGCCUCGGUCCCUCUUAUUCCCACCAACGCGAAGCGUGGAGAUGCUCUUCCCACUGGUCUGACUGAUCUGGUCUCUGAUGCCGAGUCUGCUCUCAGCGGUCUUGCCUCAGGCAUUGUCAAGCGUGGAGAUGCUCUCCCCACCGGUCUGUCCGAUUUGGUCUCUGAUGCCGAGUCUGCUCUUAGCGGUCUUGCAUCGGGUGUGGUGAAGCGCGGAGAUGCUCUUCCCACCGGUCUGACUGAUCUGGUCUCUGACGCCGAGUCUGCUCUUAGCGGUCUUGCAUCGGGCGUGGUGAAGCGCGGAGAUGCUCUACCCACUGGUCUGUCUGACUUGGUAUCUGAUGCUGAGUCUGCCCUUGGCGGUCUCGCCUCGGGCGUGGUGAAGCGUGGAGAUGUUCUUCCCACCGGUCUGACUGAUCUGGUCUCUGACGCCGAGUCUGCUCUUAGUGGUCUCGCCUCGGGCGUGGUUAAGCGUGGAGAUGCUCUUCCCACCGGUCUAUCUGAGCUGGUCUCUGAUGCCGAAUCUGCUCUUGGUGGCCUCGCUUCGGGUGCGGCGAAGCGUGGUUUCUCCGAGGCUAUGCCCACUCCCUCUGGCACUCCCAUUGGUCCUCCCUCCGGCAUGCCUUUCGGUGGUCCCACCGGAACUCCAAGUGGCUCUCUCUUCGGUGCUAAGAAGCGUGGUUUCACCUCUAAGGCUAUUCCCACUCCUUCUGGCACUCCCAGUGGUACUCCCCCGGCUGGCUCGGCUACUCCCACUGGUAGCGGCAGCUCCUUCCUCGGUUUUCCUCUGGCCUAA